UUGACACCAAUGAGAAUCAUAAGAGAUGCAAUUCUUGGAGUCUGAAGCCCGGCUCUGGUAGUGGUGUCCGAGGGUGCAAACACUAUAGAUGUAAGUAGGGCUGUGUUGGUUCAAAUAGAGCCCAUGAAGUUGGAUGUAGGGACUUGGGGGACCAUAGGGGUUGGCCUCAGCAUUGCAGCUGCAGUGGCUUGUCCCAAUUGACUUGUUGUUACGGUUGAAGGGGAUUUUGGAUUCGAAUUUAGUACACUGGUUCAGUACUAGUUACAUGUGGUAGUGAUUGUUUUCAAAAAUGGAAGUGUAUAUGGUGGUAACCGAAAAAUUUUUGAGGAGAUGAAUGGACCUCACAAAGAUGAUCCUACUCCGACUUCCUUUGUUCUGAAAGCAGGCUACCAUACUUUGAUUGAAGCUUUUGGUGGAAAGGACUAUCUUGUUGGGACACCUGAUGAAUUCAAGUUUGCUCUUUCAAUUCUUCGAAAAUCGGCCGUUAUCAAUGUUAUUGUUAAUCCCUAUGCUGGUUCAGAGAGUGGGAGGUUGCAACACAAGAACUGAUUUCUAAAUUAUCUGUAUUACAUUAAAACUAUGUUUUCUAUGGUUUUCGUUUUUAGAUUUCAAAUUUCAAUAACACAAAUUACAUAA